AUUUUAUCUGGUGCUCAAAUAACAUUGUUGGUUAUUUGGUUAAUGGAUUAAAUACCUAAUCUACCGAUUGUAGAUAGGUUUUUUUAAAUAGAUGUUUAGUUAACGAGAGAAAUGAGGUUAUUUGUUUGUGUACCGAGAUGGCUAAGAAUAGUAAGCAAGCAUAGUUAAGUGUUUGUGUGAAGCGAGUCGACCCCGCGCUCUCUUAAUAUAGCAAGCGUUUUAUCUUCUCAUGUUUCCGGGGCAUUGGAUUGCUUUUAGUUGCAGCUAUAAACACCCCGCAUUGUAGUAAGGCGGUAGGCAGGCCUAUAGCAACUCGACCGCAGAAGUAGAAACAUGAAUGCAACUGUUGAGAAUGGGAUUGAAGUGUUGCUGACAGAAACGCAUGAUCCUUCAUUCGCAGUCAAAAUGUCAAUCUCCGUGGCAGUUGGAUUUUUUUUUGUUUUCGGUUCCACCGGGAGUUUCUGCACCAUUGUAGUGAUACUUAGCAACAAAAGCUUGCACACAAUUGCCAACUUCUUCAUAUUGAGCCUGUGUGUAUCUGACCUUACUUCUGCACUCGUGUGUUCCCCUCUAUGGUUGUAUAGAAGGACAUGGGGUUACAAUAGAUGGCAAUGGGGAGAGUUUUUAUGCAAAUUCUAUUGGGUGAGCGACUUAGCAACAAGCUAUGUUACUUCAAUGCACAUUCUUUCCUUCGCCGCAUUGAGGUUUAUAGCAGUAAGACGACCUUUCCAAAUCUCGUCAAUCUCAAAACGUGUGACUCUAAUGUAUAUAACCUCCUUAUGGCUGUUAGCCUUGGUACUUGCUUUACCGCUUGGGUUUUUCAUGGGGGUGCAGUAUGACAGGGCCACUCACUCAGUUGGGGAUUCUUGGCCCUCAUGUUCCAUGUUAAACGACAACAAGGGCGGGUGCUGUGUGUCCAACUACAGCGUUUAUUUCUCUAUCAUCAACCCCCUUAUGUUCUAUGUUCCAGAAGUUAUAAUAAUCAUACUCUCGGCAACGAUUAUUUUCACUUUGUUGAAGAAGCGACGGUGGAGACGUCGUUUUAUAGCGAGGAAGAAAAACACGUCUGUAUUUGCGUCAAAGCCGAUUCCUAGUGUGGAAGAUGCAGCAGUUAAUGUGGGAGCAGUGAGUAACGUAAUUCAAACUGCAAUCACACCGGUCACGCAUAGGUUUCGGGGUCUCUUCAUACGUCAAAGCAGUGUGCCGGACUCAGUUACUCAAAUGGAGAAAUCUACAUUUGUUCAGCUUACGCUUAUAGUCGUGUCUUUUAUGAUUGGGUAUAUUCCUUUCACAGUUUACUGUGUAUGGGCUUCUACUACGCCAGAAGAAGCAAAGGGCAAUAGCACAGAUUAUUGGUUCGGUGCAGUUUCUUACCUCUGCCUGAGAUUUAGUGAGUGUUUAAAUCCGAUAGUUUACCUCCUGGGGUCUUCUGCUCUCAGAGACGCAACGAAACAGCUUUUUCAAAAGUUCAAAUGCACGAAAAAUUAACCAGAGUUUAAAAUUUAUAUGAAAGAACUGAACUUUAUCGUUUCAUCAUUUAGUUAAAACGCUCUGAGAUGUACAUUUUGAGAUUCAAUUAUUUAUUCAGUUUAAUUUUUUCCCUGAUUCUAUAUCAGUAUCUUGCUAAAAAUUCACUGUACGUCAAGAAAUAUUUAGAAACGGAACCAACAACGGCAUUCUGGAACGGGAGAAUGGCCUAUAGCAACGCUGGCAUUAUCUACCCCUGUUAUUUGGCAUCGCCUAUUGGUCUCAACUCAGCAUGCCUUUUAAAAGUUCACGUUCCCACCACUCAAAAGAAUGUGUAACCUAUUUUCUUUGAACUAUGAUGUCAAAGCCGAUGCCUUUAGCCCAUACUGACCUUAUACUUGCGUUUGGACAUUGCGGGAAAUUUCUGUUGUCCAUUUUUUGUUUUCCAGUUGUUUUUCGCACUGUACGUAAUACACCUCACAGAUAAUUU